UUUUUAUGCAAACCAUAAAGAUAAAAUAUAAGAUAAAAUGUUAAUAUUAACAUCACUAUUGCAUUGAACACUACUAAAUGAAAAUUUGUUGUGAAAGCAAAUCACAAAAGCUAACAAAAAGAUCAAAUCAAUAAUGUUGUUGGGUUGGAAAAAAUCUGUAUCAAAAACAUUUUUAAUCCCACAAAGAUAUGUUAUUGCAAUAAUGGGGUUUUUCGCGAUUUUUAACGCUUACACGAUGAGAAUUUGUUUAUCGGUGGCAAUAACAGAAAUGGUUCUGCCAAAAAAUUCGAGUUCCAUCAACCACGAUGAUACGUGCCCAAAUCCGAAUUCGGGAAAUAAAACGAUUAUGGAUACUGAUAAUUUGUAUGAUUGGAGCGAGACCAGGCAAGGAUUAAUACUUUCAUCGUUUUAUUGGGGCUAUGUAAUUACCCAUCUUCCAGGUGGAAUCUUAGCUGGAAGAUAUGGAGGAAAAUAUCUGUUAAAUUUAGGUAUUUUAUCGACCGCUAUUUUUACGCUAUUAACUCCGAUUGUCGUCGAAAAAUUUGAAUGGCAAGGAUUGAUUACUUUAAGAGCGUUGGAAGGACUUGGAGAAGGUACAACAUAUCCUGCUGUAACCGCUCUUUUAGCACGUUGGGUGCCGUUAGGUGAACGAGCAAGAAUGAGUGGAAUCGUAUUUUCCGGUUCACAUUUAGGUACUGUAAUUGGAAAUGUUUUAAGUGGUUAUUUAAUUGAAAUAACCGGAACUUGGUCUUCGGUUUUUUACGUUUUUGGUGUAAUUGGAAUAAUAUGGUUUUUGUUGUCGUUGGUUUUAACAUUUUCUGACCCGGAAAAUCAUCCUUUUAUAAGCGACCGGGAACGCUUGUUUUUAAAGGAUGAAUUGAGUCAUUUGCAUCAAGAAAAUGAGCGAAAAAUCGUUCCUUGGAGGAGUAUUUUAACGUCGAUUCCACUUUGGUCGUUGGUUAUUGUUCAGAUUGGACACGAUUGGGGGUUUUUUUCAAUGGUAACCGAUCUUCCUAAGUAUAUGUCUGAUGUUAUGAAAUUUAAUGUUGGUGAAAAUGGGUUGUGGUCGUCACUUCCAUAUAUUGUAAUGUGGAUCGUUGCAGUUGGAAUGGGUUAUUUUUCAGAUUAUUGUUUAAAAAAGAAUUGGUUUUCGAUUAGUUUUGCAAGAAAAUUUUUUACAACCAUUGCUUCUAUCGGUCCUGGAAUUUUUAUAGUAGCUGCAUCUUACGCUGAAUGUAAUCGAGCUUUAGCAGUUAGUUUGUUUACAAUAUCGAUGGGUUUUAUGGGACCAUAUUUUUGCAGCACGAAAGUAAACGCUUUAGACUUAUCCCCGAAUUACGCAGGGAUUACGAUGGCUAUUGUUAAUGGUUUAGGGGCGGUUUCUGGAAUUAUAACACCUUAUUUGAUAGGGGCGUUAACUGAAGAUCAUACUCUAAGCCAAUGGAGAUUGGUGUUUUGGAUAACUUUGGGAGUUUUAGCUGCAACAAAUCUUCAAUAUUUGUAUUUUGGAACUGCAAAAACUCAAUGGUGGGAUCAACCACCAAAUGAAAAUAAUGAUAAAUGUAUUAAAGAAAAGAAUAUACGUAUGACGGAAGUUUAUUAA